AUAUCGCUCGAUCGAGGAGCUACCGGCUGCAGGUGGCACGUACUCGUCUUGCAUCCAUCCAUCGAUCCAUCGGCUCGCGUCGAUCUACGUACCACAAAUUAAAUAGAAUAGGAUGUCUCACAUCGCGGUGGAGCGUAAUAGGCGGCGGCAGAUGAACGACCACCUCAAAGUGCUCCGCUCCCUCACGCCGGCCUUGUACAUCAAGCGGGGCGACCAAGCUUCCAUCAUCGGCGGCGCCAUCGAGUUCAUCAAGGAGCUGCAGCAGGUGCUCGAGUCCCUGGAGGCCAGGAAGAAGCGGCGCAGCAACAGCUUCAGCCCCAGCCCCACGCCCAGCCCGCGCUCCCUGCUCACGGCCGCCGGCAGCAACGACUCCCCAGUGGCCGCUGUCAACAGGGCAGUAGCAGUGAAGGAGCUCGCAGCCUGCAGCAACUCCACCGUGGCCGACGUGGAGGCAAAGAUCUCCGGCUCCAACGUCUUGCUCCGCACGCUCUCCCGGCGCAUCCCCGGGCAGGCAGUCAGGAUGAUCACGGUGCUCGAGACCCUCCACCUGGAGGUGCUCCACCUCAACAUAAGCACCAUGGAAGACACCGUCCUCUACUCAUUCGUCCUCAAGAUUGGGCUCGAGUGCCAGCUCAGUGUUGAGGAUCUUGCGUACGAGGUUCAGCAGACUUUUGUGUGCUGCCAGCAGGAGCUGGACCUGCAGGAUGAUAAUCUCAUGUACUCAGCCAUGGCCAUAUAA